UUUUUUGGCCCUCUUCUGUCUUCGUGUUUAGGUGAUGGUGGUGGCGGAUUUGAACCUGAUCACUGAUCAUAUGGUUCGAGUUUGAUUGCGAGGUUUUAGAUCAUAGUGUUCAUUGCUCUGACGUAGGUAACGACUGAGAAAGUUGAGACACAUAUUGGUAUAUCUUAUCGACUGGUUUAUCAUCUUGUAAAAUGGCUGAACCCCUUGACCAAGAAAAUGUUUGCCAAAACACGAAUCAUGUGUAUGCCAUUAACAGUGGAGUGUUGUCAUUCCACCUAGCCCUGUUACCCAAAUUGAGAACACUGACUCAUAUGGAUUUAUCAAAUUGUAAAAUAUCUACAUUACCAGAGGCACUGAGUGAUUUAGUUGCCCUGCAAUGCUUACAAGCAUCAAACAAUCUGUUGACUUGCUUGCCCUCAUCCAUUGGCCAGCUGAAAAGUUUGUCCCGACUUGUCUUGCCUCAAAACUUGCUGACAACUUUGCCUGAUUCCUUCGCUGAACUCCGAUCAUUGGAGUUUUUAAACUUAUCGCACAAUCAACUGCAAGCAGUUCCAACUUGCUUCCAGGAAGGUGUUGUCAGAAUCUCUUAUCUUGAUGUGUCUCACAACCACAUAGAAGACUGGAGCCUUGCGCCCAUGUGUGGACAUGCACUGAAAGUUUUGAAUUGUUCCAACAAUUGUCUUAAAGCAAAUCCAGCUUGGCUUUGGAGUGACUUUUGCCACUCUUUAGAAGAACUAGACCUCAGUUUCAAUCUGUUUUCCAAUGCAUCCCAAGUGGUGAAAACUUACAACUUGUGGCGGACUGGCGUAACUGUCAGAUUGAAGAACCUCAGGUUAUAUCAGUGUGGCCUCUCUACGCCCCACAUUAAUCUGCUUCAUCAGCUGAAAGUAUUAGAAAGACUUGACAUAGGAAAUACCAAAGAUGACAAGACUGUGGACAUCAAGAGAAAUAAGCGCUCUCUAAACAAUUUUAUUUGGGAAAUUUCGUUCAAACCAUUUCAAUGCACUGGUGUGCUUACUGAGUUGAUUUUAUGUGGACUUGGUUUGUCUACAUUACCAGAUGACAUCAAUUGCCUAGAAGUUUUGGAGAUCCUUAAUUGUGAUGGGAAUAGACUUCAGUGGCUUCCUGAUACAUUUUGUGAAUUAUCUAAGUUAAGAGUUGCUGUGCUCUCAAAUAAUUCAUUACUCUACUUACCUGAUGAAUUUGGAAAUCUGUCUAAUUUAGUAGAAUUGCUGUUGGAUAGUAAUCAGAUAGGAGAGCUGCCAUCUUCCUGUUCCAAACUCCACAGUUUAAAAUGGUUGGAUCUGUACAAAAAUAACUUAGAAGCUCUGCCAUCUUUUCUUGAGGAGGGUCUCGGCAAUCUUUCAGGGGUGGACUUGGAACUCAAUUAUUUCAAUCCAAAGUCCUCUUUGAAUUAUUCUUCAAAGUUGUACACAUCUUUAAAAGAUGCAAUGCACAUUAAAGUGCAAGUAGGUGCUAAGAAUGGACUGAUUCGACGCAGUGGUCUCCAGAAACCUGACACACACAGUGAUUAUUCCAGUGAUUCUCAAGCAGAUAGACUUUGGCUUAGCGACAAUGAGUCAACAGUAUCUGACAAUGACACAGAAGAUCUUGUAGAAAGUUCUUACAAUUCUCUCAAAGAAAGUACUUUUAGUACUGAUGUUUCCCGUGACGAUGAUGAAGAUUGGGAUUUGGAUGAAGGACAGGAUGAUUAUUUUGAUCCAACAGUCAAACAAACAAGAACUCAUCUGACGAUGCCAGCCAGAGCUUUAAUCAUACACGAAGUGGUUCUUCAUUCUGGUUCUUUUUUACCUUCCGACAUUCAUCCAUCUCCUUCAAUCCGAGCCGACAAGAAUCCCUUUGUUCCUGAUGAUGGGCAGUUUGAAGAUGCUUGAAUUAAAAUCCUAUUUUAUACUCUUUGGAAAUCCUCAUUGAAGAACAAUUUCAGAUUUGUUUUCUCUUUAAACCAUUUAAAUUUUUCAGAAAAUUUGAUCCAUUUGUAUUAAGUUUGUGAGGGGUAAUGGAGUGUUGGCGCAACAGCCGCUAAUUUUGCUGUUUCAGAAAAUUUGGGAUCAAGAUCUUAUAUUUUAGGUACAAUGUGCGAAAACAGUAUUAUUAUUUUACUGAACUACAUGUCAAAUCUGUUUUGUGUUUUUUUUAUACUUGUACAGUUGUUGUUUAUAAAACAGACAUCUGUUCUGUUGAGUUUUGUUAUAGGUGUGCUUGUAGAGAGUGAUAUUUUCAUGAAAUAAGUCUGUUUAAUUGACGCAUGUGUAUGUGAUAUGGACUGUUUGUGGUGUUUGAAUGAGGUUUGAAGACUCUCUUUGUUAUCUUCAAUAAGGAAAAUUUUAUAAAUAUAAUUUAAUAAUUUUUUGAUUGAAAGAAACUUUAAUUUUGCCUGUGGGCAACAAUUUAUCAAAUCAUGUUUGAUUUUACUUUUACUAAGAAUUUCUAAAUGGAUGUCAAUAUGUGGGUAUGAUAUGUUCUCACUGUUGUUAUAAUAAACUUUGAUUCUGAUUCCUUAAUUA